UUCAUUGCAGUUUCGAACUUCAUGUAAAGAAGUGGCUUUUAUGUUUAUAUCUCGCGUUAGAAUUCAAUAAAAUACAAUUUUAUUUAUUAAAAUUUAAUCAAGACAAUACUUGUGAAAUUCUAAAAAAAUCAUAUUUUGCAAAACACUGUCAAGCUCUGCAAUUGCCUUGAGAGCCAAAGUGACAGCGACGCCGCCAUCAUCACUAUCGCGCUAUACUGUGUGUGUGGUGGAAGUGGAUCUCAGAUCUCAGCACUAUACAACAAUCCAAUCCAAUUGACAAAUGGAGUUCUGUUCUGUGCUUUUUACUCUUGCAUGUCGUCAGUUUGUUGGAGAUGAAUUUUAAUGAUCAUUGAAAUUCAAUAAUUACAAUCAUUAGUGCACUUAAUUAGUUUGAUAUCGUAAUUGUGUGUAUGCUAGUGAAGGUAUUGUUUUUUUUUUCCUGCUGCUGAUACUCAAUCUUUUGGUCUGUGUGGUGCAUUUGUCGUGACUUCUGUCAAAAUUUUUAUCACACAAAAAAGACUUGGAAGUCAUCGACGAACGAAAAUCACCCUGGCUGUUGAUUGGUCAUGGAUGGCCGCGUAAACGGGUACGAAAAAUUUGGAAAGAAACGCCGUCAAUGGGAAGACUCUGGAGUACAUGAACUAAUAAAACUUUGGAAGUGCUGUGCUUACGAACUAAGAACAAUUAAACGCAAUGGCCAUCUCUAUGUUGCUAUGGCAAAGCAGUUAUCUGCAAUAGGAGUUCCAGUCACUGCAUUAGAAGUUCAUUUUAAAGUGAAUAAUUUAACGCAACGUUAUAGACAAGAAUCAAAAACUUACGAAACUACGGGAAUUGUGAGUACUUGGAAGUUUUACAGCUUAGUGGAUGAUGUAUUCAAAAGUUUAUCCGGCCACACAUCUAACACACCCGGAUUUAAAACUGAAAAAAGAGUAAUGACACCUGCAAGUAAUGCAAGCAGCAUAUCCGAUUCCUCAGUCUGGAAAAAUUCAAUGUCCGAGCCAGAGUUUAGUAAUAACUCCGAACCUUUCUACAAAACCGAAUAUAUGCAACCCCGUCAUUAUAUGGAGCCCUCCUCGCAUGGAAACUCCACAAAUCCUUCUGAGGUACCGGCAUUCAUGAGCAAUCCACGAAUGAAUGAAAGCAAUAUAAACCCAAUGACACCAAGUGUCCCCAAUGGGGGUGAUGAUGAUUUUGUAGGUCGAUUAAGUAAAAUCAAAAAAUCAGAUGACUACGAGAAACUGGUGGAUAUUGUUAAAAAUAUUGUUGAUAAUUACAAAACUGGACAGCCAGACAAAGUUGAUUCGUUUACAGAUUUUUUGAAAUCAUACUUGCGAAAGUGGCCAGAUCGAAUGCAAGAUGAGGCAAUUAAUCAUAUAACAAAUUAUAUUAUUGUCAAGAAUAUGGAGCAUACAAUAAGUAGCGCAGCUGCUAAUAGACAAUAAGAUAAGACAAAACAAAAAAAAAGAAAAACAGUAUAAUAAAAAGUGUAAUAAUAGGUUUAUAGAAAAGAAGAAAAACUAAAAUGAUGUUUAUUGUGUAGGAUGUAAGACAUACAUAAGAAAUGUACUUAAACUUGAAUAUAAACUAUAUUUAAUAGAAUUAAUC